CUCCACAAUCAAAUCACGCACAGUUGACCAAAGCAGCAAGAUGUUGCCACCAAUAGUUAUAAUUUCAAUAAGUAUUGUAGCUAUUGAAGUGGUUGUUGGAGUUACUGGAAAUGGAUUUAUUACAGCUGUUAAUACCACUAACUGGAUCAAAAGCAAAAAAAUUUCUUCUGCUGAUAUGAUCCUGAUCUUUCUGAGCACAUCAAGAUUUAUUUUGCAGGUGACUAUACUGAUGCACAUUCAUAGUCUCUAUUUUGCAGAUGAAUUUAAGUUGGCUUCUGUGUACAAAGCUUUUGCUGUCAUAUGGAUGUUUGUAAACCAUGCCAGUUUGUGGUUCUGUACCUGGCU